AGAAAAUUAUAAAAAAAAUAAAAAAUUGCAGAUAGAAACGAGAGAUAAGAGUGAAAGCUUCCAUUUUUGUUACCUUGUUGCUGCUUCUUCAUCAUCUACUUUUAAAUCCAGAUAAUGCAAUACCCAUCUCUGUUCUGGGCCUCUUCUAACUUCUAAUCUAAGAACCUGAAUCUGGAGAGUGAAAAGCAGAGAGAAAGGGUUGGUUUCCAAUGCUUCAACUCCUAAAAUGUUGCAGUCCAUUGAUACCUAUCCGCCGUUCUUCAUUCUCUCGCUCGCAGAAGCUGAGUCAGAUUCUCCGCCACCAGAUACUUGUUAACUGUGAAAAGUUAGGCCUUCAUAGAACCACAGCUCAAAGGUUCAGUUGUGUCCCUCGAGCUCAGUCUUCAAUACAUGGAGACAUACCAGAAGGAAAAUCGCUGAUGGAACUAUGGGUGUACAAUACAAUGAGCAAACAGAAAGAAGUGUUCAAGCCGAAGGUGCCUGGUAAAGUUGGCAUGUAUGUCUGUGGAGUCACUGCUUAUGAUCUCAGUCACAUUGGCCAUGCCCGUGUCUACGUUUGCUUCGAUGUUCUUUACAGAUAUCUUAGGCAUUUGGGGUAUGAAGUUUGUUAUGUUCGCAAUUUCACUGAUGUUGAUGACAAGAUAAUUGCCAGAGCAAAUGAAUUGGGGGAAGAUCCCAUCAAUUUGAGCAAACGUUAUUCUGAAGAAUUUCUUAGGGAUAUGGAGCACCUUAACUGCUUAAGCCCUUCUGUGCAGCCUCGUGUCUCAGAUCAUAUGCCCCAAAUUAUUGACAUAAUCAAGCAGAUUCUUGGCAAGGAAAGCGCCUACAUAGUUGACGGUGACGUAUACUUCUCAGUUGAUAAAUUCCCAGAUUACGGGCGUUUAUCUGGUCGAAAGCUUGAGCAUAAUCGAGCAGGUGAAAGGGUAGCUAUAGACACAAGGAAGAGAAAUCCUGCUGAUUUUGCUUUAUGGAAAUCUGCUAAGGAAGGAGAGCCAUCCUGGAACAGUCCGUGGGGUCCAGGAAGGCCAGGUUGGCAUAUCGAGUGCAGUGCCAUGAGUGCUGAAUAUUUAGGUUUCCAGUUCGACAUACAUGGUGGAGGUAUGGAUCUUAUCUUCCCUCACCAUGAAAACGAAAUAGCACAGAGUUGUUCUGCUUGUGAUGACAGUAAUGUUCGUUACUGGAUACAUAAUGGUUUUGUUACAAUUGACUCCGAGAAAAUGUCAAAAUCGUUAGGCAACUUCUUCACUAUCCGUCAGGUUAUAGGUCUUUAUCAUCCACUUGCUUUGAGAUUGUUUCUAAUCGGGACUCAUUAUCGAACCCCGAUAAACUAUUCUGAUGUACAGCUCGAAAAAGCUUCCGAUCGAGCUUUUUAUAUUUAUCAGACAUUAUAUGAUUGUGAAGAGGUUUUAAGAAGUAAGGAUAACGUCGUGAAAACAGAAGAAUCUAUUCCUCAAGGUAUUAUAGAUUGCAUCAACAGAUUCGAGGAAGAAGCUCGGUCUUCGAUGUGCGAUGAUCUUCUCACACCUGUCGUCUUGUCUGCAAUGUCUGAGCCAUUAAAAUUUAUAAACGAUUUGCUACACACUCGCAAGGGAAAGAAGCAACAGUCAAGAAUAGAGUCACUAGCUGCGUUAGAAAACGUAAUCAAGAGUACACUAAAUAUCUUAGGACUCAACCCGGGUAGCUACGGACAGAUUCUAGAGCAGUUGAAGGAAAAGGCAUUGAAGCGUGCAAAGAUUACUGAAGAUGGGGUUUUGAGAAAGAUUGAAGAGCGGGAUUCUGCGAGAAAGGAGAAAGAUUUCGAAAGGUCUGAUUCUAUAAGGAAUGAAUUGGCUGCUGUCGGUAUUGCUCUUAUGGAUAGUCCGAAUGGAACUGCUUGGAGGCCGACUCUUCCUCUCGCAUUGCAAGAACAGCCAGUUGCUGCAACUUAAAUUGGCUAAGAAAUUUUUUCAUAGGUAUUUAUUUACCCAACUAUUGAUGAAAUGAUUAGAGAUGUUUUGGUAUUUUUGGAUGAACCCAUUAUAUUCAAGCUGCUUUAUUGUAUUAUAUGAGAACUAGAGGCAUAUGAAGUGACCUUGAUUUUAUACUAUUUAUUUAUGCUAGAGUUUGAAUUAAA